AUGCACAAAGAAGAGCCCAAAGACACUAUUCAGCAGGCGGCCGAUGCGCUGGAAUGGCGGCAACAACGGCAGGAGCAACAACAGCAGCAGGUCCAACAACAGCAAAAGCAGCAACAGCAGCAACAGCCGCACGUACAGCAGCAGAUCCAACAGCAAAAGCAGAAGCAGCAGAAACAGCAGCAACAGCAACAACAACAACAGCAGCAGCAACAGCCGCAGCAGCAACAGCAGCAACAACAACAGCUGCAACAACAGCAGCAGCAACAGCAGCAACAGCAGCACCAAAAGCAGCAGCAGGAGCAAGCGGCCGCUCAGUCUCGUUCGCAAUAUGCCUUGACAUUCACGCACCCGAAGGCCGGCCAGAUGGUAAUAGCCUCUCUGCGGCAGCAGGCAAACCCGAUCAUGAAAUUCUUCUCUUCUGUGCCGUUCUGCUACGCGCCAAUUGCUCCCGAUUUCCUAGUGGGCGUCGGCGCCUGCGUUGUCUUCUUGAGCCUCAAGUACCACAGACUGCACCCCAAGCAGCUUCUGCAGCGGCUGCUGCCGCUGCAGCGCCGCAGGGAACUCAGCAAGCGUUUCUUGCUGCUGUUUAAUGACGUGGAGGGGGCAAAUGCCUCCUUAGCCCAAGUAAUUCUGCAUGCGUUUCACUAUGGAUUCAUUCUGCUCGUAGUUAACUCGCCUGCAGAGGCAGCAGAGCUGCUGCAGCAGCUCAAAGCCUCGGAGAACAGAGCCUCUGACUCUUUGCAGCCAACACUUGACGAGCGGCACGCGCCGCGUUGUGCGGAGGUUCUGCGAGUACUCCCCUCUGUCAACCGUGCCGACUUCGUGUCGCUCGCCAAGGAGUUCAGAUGCAUGCGGAAUAUAUUCAUGGCGCAUCAGCAUCAGCUGCAGCAGUGCCCAGGGAUAGGCCCUAAGAAGGUGCGCGCUCUAGUGGCUGCUCUGCAGGAGCCAUUCUUUCCUGAGAUAGACGACAGGUAUACUACAGCCGCAGCAGGGGCAGCAGCAGCAGGUUCCCUCUGCAUCACCGCUGGAGAUGCGGCAGACAAAGACAAGAAGAUUGCGUCAGCUGACAGCAGUAGCCGUACUCCAAGUGGGGCAGCAGCGACAGCCACAAACAUUCCUAAUCCAAGGAAACAGUCCUAG